CAUGCAGAUUCUACAGGCAAUCGCUACCUCGGGAGUAAGCCGGCUUCUACCGAACUCGAAACACUUGCAGCUGCAUCGCGUCGUUCGACGUUCAUACAUCAGUGUGCGUGGCAGAUGCCCAAUUUGGAGUUCUAACCUAGUCAUGUUAGCUUGCUUUCGGACGUCAAAAUCUUGGCGCCGCUGCACCCAAUGCUCAUCACUUGUACAACGUAGUAUUACUCCGCUCCUCCAUCAAUCAAGCAUUACUUGCGCCGGCUUCCGAACGUCAAACCUGAAUAACGGUUCCGGGCCUCGUUACGAUGCGGAGACCAAACUUAUUUAAGAUAUAUAUUUUAUUACCCCUCCUACCCCUCAGCUUUCACGCUCUUGGGCUCCCAUCAUCAGAUUUGAUACAAUCCUCACGAGAUUCUGAGAUACCGCGUGCGAGAAAAUUUGUGACUCUGCCACCCAAUCUGCGACUCAAAAGUACAUAGGGUGUUGCGAUGGGUUCCAUUGACACCUUUGACACCUUUGACGAAGGAGAACUGACGGUCUUGGUCACCGGUUUCGGGCCAUUUAAGCAGGAGUAUCCCAUAAAUCCGUCUUGGGAGAUAGCAAAGUCAUUACCGGAGUACCUCCCCUUAAACAGGGUGAAAGAUCCGGCACACCGGUCAUCCUCAAAGUUCCCCAGAGUUCGGCUUGUUGUCCCACCGGCACCUGUCCGGGUUAACUAUGAAGUCGUUCGAGAGCUAGUGCCCUCGUUCUGGGACAAGACCGAGCCAAAGGUUGACUUCGUUCUUCACAUUGGCAUGGCCGGGCCAGCCGAUGUCUACUCGAUGGAGAGGAGGGGCCACCGUGACGGCUACAAAAUGAAAGACGUCGACGGCAACUUUCUGAACGACGAAGAACGGCAUGAAAGGGAAGGCGAUAAAUGGAUAUGGCAUGACAUGCCAGAGGAACUCGUGACCAACUUGGAUGUCGCCGACAUCUACAAAAGAUGGGUUGACAAAAUUCCGAAAUACGCAAACGUCCGGAUAUCCGAGGACCCAGGCAGAUAUCUCUGCGACUUCAUCUACUUCUCGAGUUUGGCUCACCUUUACAAGCAGCAACGACCCAGGAAAGUCCUGUUUCUUCAUGUCCCAGCCAUUGGAUCGAAAGAGAUGUUGAGAACCGGAACCGAACUGGCCACACAGUUGAUUAAAUCGAUUAUCGAGAGUGAGCUCAACAAGAAGGAAUCCGUCGGGGAGCUUUAACAACAAGGGGGGUUUUGUCAGCCGCAGAGCCAUAAAUAACAACACAAUAGAUAUUCGCUAAUAUUCGUUAUUGUAUGCAUAUACUGAACAGGUUUUUUUAUUUGAGAAGCGCCAAUGGGAAAUUAUGUCAG